CUCACACACCGGAGAUCAUGUCUCUACAAUGACAGAUGAGUCUCUCCUUAACAGGUCUCCGAAUGGAUCAACAAGUUUCAUCUUCAGUCAAGGAUAAGAGACCAAGAAUCGGAGUAAUGGAAGAAUAUCAUCUGUGAUGGAUGAAUGGCUGGUGGAUGCAACGACAUCCGAAUAACAACAGCUUUAACCACAAGUCACUUCUCUGCACCUCAAUUAGACCACCAUGUCCUGAAGAGAAACAGGAGCUCUCUGGUGAGCUGAAGUUCUGGAAAAGGUCAAAGGUCUUGGGUUAAGCAUGGUGUCAGUGGAGGUCUCCGUGGCUUUUGUGUUGUGCUGUGUGCUGAUGAAAGCCAGAGCUCUGAUUGAUUCUGAUGAUGUCAUCACCAGAGAUGAACAGAUCUAUCUUCUGAUUGAUGCACGGGCGAGGUGUGAGAGAAGCAUUCGUGCACAAUUAGAUGGUGUCAGAGAGGAUCACUGUGUUCCUGAAUGGGAUGGGAUAAUCUGCUGGCCCAUGGGAAAGCCUGAUCAGACGGUUGCAGUUCUCUGUCCUGAGUACAUCUAUGACUUCAACCACAAAGGAUAUGCAUAUCGCCACUGUGAUGCGUCAGGUAACUGGGAACAGGUAUCCACUAUAAACCGGACAUGGGCUAACUACACAGAAUGCACCACGUACCUACACACUAACCACAGCGAUCAGGAGGAGGUCUUUGAGCGACUUUAUCUAAUGUACACUAUUGGAUACUCCAUAUCAUUGGCGGCAUUACUCGUGGCUGUCUUUAUCCUUUGCUAUUUUAAACGUCUCCAUUGCACCCGUAACUACAUCCACAUCCACCUCUUCACCUCAUUCAUAUGCCGAGCAAUCAGUAUAUUUGUGAAAGACGCCGUUCUUUCUACCAUCACAGAUGAAGGCAAACUAGAAGAUGGGUCCAUUGGACAAAGACCCUACAUGGUGGGCUGCAAGGUUGCUGUGACCCUCUUCCUGUAUCUCUUGGCAACCAAUCAUUAUUGGAUACUGGUGGAGGGUCUGUAUUUGCAUAGUCUGAUCUUCAUGGCCUUCCUGUCUGAUAAAAACUGUCUGUGGGCUUUAACAAUCAUAGGCUGGGGAAUACCUGCAGUGUUUGUAUCCAUAUGGGUCAGUGCCCGGGUGUCUCUGGCAGACACACAGUGCUGGGAUAUUAGUGCCGGCAAUCUCAAAUGGAUCUAUCAAGUACCUAUCCUGGCAGCCAUUGUUGUAAACUUCUUUCUCUUCCUCAAUAUCAUCAGGGUUCUUGCCUCUAAGUUGUGGGAAACAAACACUGGAAAACUAGAUCCUAGACAGCAGUACAGGAAACUGCUGAAGUCAACCCUGGUGUUAAUGCCACUGUUUGGAGUUCAUUACAUGCUGUUCAUGGCUCUUCCAUACACUGAGGUCACAGGUCUGCUGUGGCAAAUUCAGAUGCAUUAUGAGAUGUUCUUCAACUCUUCACAGGGUUUCUUUGUGGCAUUUAUUUACUGCUUCUGCAAUGGGGAGGUGCAGGCAGAGGUAAAGAAGGCUUGGCUGAGGCGCAGUCUUGCAAUAGACCUGAAGCAGAAAGCUCGUGUCAACAGCAGCGCGGGAUGUGGGAGCAGCUACUAUGGAGGCAUGAUGUCACACACCACAACGCAGAGCGUGUGUCUCAGUGUCAGCGGCACUAAAGGCCUGCCUCUGGCCACUAUGGGGGCCAGAGGACAAACGCGUCUCCACCAUUCAGGAAAUUUAGGUCAUGUGCCUCACGACACAGAGACUGUGUUUUCUAAAGUGCGGCAGCAUGAGCUGGUUCUGAGGCAGAAUGAUGGGAAAAGGUCUCCAUGCAAGCAGACCAGCAGGAAUGCAGAGGAAAGUGAGCAUAAUUUUGAGCCAUAUUUUGUAGCAGAUGAUGAACAUUCAGGUUCCAUGUCUUGGAAAGAACUGGAAACAAUGCUCUGAUGGUCUCCUGGCUGAAUAUUAGUGUGCUUACUAUGGUUAGAAGCCCUUAGUAUUAAAUAGUCUAGAAUUAAAUACAAAUUAAGCUCAGUUAACAGCACUUGUGGCAUAUUGUCGACCACAGGAAUUUCAACUCAGUUCUCAUUUUCUUAAAAAAUGAAAGAAAGAAUGAUAUCUAGAGGUGGAAUCAUGGAGGAGUGCAAUUUUGACGUGGGCCCAUCUAGCAACAUCCUAGAAAAAAACAUUUAGAAAACAAUGUAGUAACCAACCCAGCACACUAACAUUGUAGCAUUGUAGAAUUUGAGCACCACUCAUUUUCUUGAGAAUUUUUUUCGUUUUUAGUAUUGUAAUUAUAGAUGUCUGAAUCUGAGAUGUCAAGCCAAUUUUUAUAUUUGUCUGUCAUGCAUAUAGAGAAAAUGUUUUAUGAUACAGGAUUUUACUGGAUAUCACUAGAAAGGUUGAUUUCCUCCUUAUACUUUCCUAAGUUGAAUGGUUUGUACAUAACUUAAAGAUUGAUGUGGAUUUAAAGGGGUAGAUGGGUCAUUUAAGUAUUUCUUUUUAGUUCCUGUGUCAUUCCUUUGUGAGUCUGAAAAUGAAACCUUUAAUAAGUCAAGUUAUGAACCUGUAGGCCACUAGAAAUUUGCAUGAUAAAAGCUUCACAUUUGAAAUGAACUUUAAAAAAGAAUGCUGACUAUCAGUUGUCUCUCUUUAUCAUUUCAAAUAUUUGUUUAGUUAAUAUUCAGAGUCUCAAAAUAAAGUCCUGCAUUAAAAACCUGCAUCAGUUUUUGUGAGACAGUCCAUGUUGUGCCAUCUCUUCACAUUUCUGCCAAAGCCUUUAGGAUAUUAUGAUGCUUCCUUUAAUCUGCAUUUAGAAUAUGAGCUCUAAUUUCGGAGAUAUUUUGUUUUAUUGCACAGCAAAAUGUAUUAUUUACCAAAAUCAUAAGAUUGUUAUGGUUAUUAUGAUAAUGAUAUUUUGUGACCAUGUGGUGUUUAAUGUAAAACUAUUAUUUUUUUGAUGUGUGGUGAAUAAAAUCUGUACCGUCUGUAACAAGUUUAAAACUUAUUAAAUAUGUGUCACUGGAAUAUGUGCUUCAUUAAUGGCAGUGAACACAGUAAACUUCACCAGGUUUCAGCAGGGCACUAGAAACCAGCACUUACUUUAAAAAGAUAUUAGUUUUCCUAAAAAUGUUUGAUGUAAGGUUUAAAAAAUGGAUGUGAAAGAAUGCAUGGGUUUGUGUUUGACUGGCAGAUAUUUUUACUGCUAUCAAACAUUUUCCCCUUCUGUUGUGGAUCCGCUCUUUCCCUCAGUCUUUCUUCUAAAACGAUAUAUUUCACAUUCUUUCAGCAGCCUGCCCUAGAUGCCCUCUCACUGCAGUCAGGAAUUUCACAGCAGAGCUUCAGGUCUAAACCUAGCUCUGGACAUAGACAGUCUCUUCCUGCUUCACAUACAAAUGCGCAAGACCAUUAAACUAAACAUUAGCAUUGUCUGUUAUAUUUUUGCCAUUAUGAAUCUCCAUUACAUAUCAAGUGUGCACAGUGUUCAUAGUGCAACAAAAUAAGAAUAGUUUGUUGCAUACUUGCAUGUCUUACCAAUUUCGAAUGAUGCUGCCAAAAUUAACUCUAUAGUGGAUAUAUGGGUAACUGCAUAUUAAAGUUUUUCUUAUGGAAAACAUGUGGGUUAUG